UUGCAUCCACGUAAAGAUUCGCCGAGUGUGUACCAGUUGAAUGAUCCAAGUGUGCUCCGUUACGGUGCUAGAACCGCGUGUUCCGUUUAACCCGAGUUAAGGCUCAGGCACACACACAGAGAGAGAGUGCUGUCCCGAGAAGCCUAACCGCGUCACGAACAGACCCAAACCCGUCACCACGACGUACUACAAUGUCUUCUGGUGGGUUCGCGACGGAGCUCGUGGCGAUCGUGAGAUCCCAGUGGGAGCGCGAGCCUAGCGAGGAUCGCGGGAUCCGCUCUUGAGCGGCUUGCGGACAGUGGAACGAACACAAACAUGUCCGAGAACGAACCGAACAGUUAACGAAGUGGACGAUAUCUAUUCUAGGUGUGACAGAGUAUAUAAUAGGAUAGCGACCAAGGCAAUAAGAAGAAGACGAAGAAGAACACAAACAAACGAAAAGAAAAAAAUAAAGCAAACAAUCAGUGAGGAAACAACAAACAGUGCGCGUUUAGGUAUAGAGUUCCCCCAACGGUUUUAGCAGUCACUCGAAGAGGAAUCUCGCGCGACCGGCACACCCGGCCCGUCUCGAUGAGAUUCGAACAAGACACGGCGUGCAGGGGUACCCACUGCGCCAGCACUCCGCAACCCUCUGCGCUGCAGCAGCGACCACGGGUCAAGGAGGUGGUGGAGGAGGUUAGCUCCUCCGCGAAGGACAUCGAAGGUCAGCGACGUAGACGAGAAUUGGAGACUAACGUGGUCGAGGGUGCGAACACGGGGCCGAGGGCCGAGGCGGGGGGGCCUGGGAUGGCGUACCCCGCGUCAGCGACGGCUCUGAAUCAGCACUCGCCAUUCGCCACGUCGAUCACCGGUACACCGUCCAGCAAUCCGAACGGACACAUAACCGGCGGUCAUCUGCCGGCCCCAGCUGCCCCGAGGCCGACGGACUUCAGUGUAUCGUCGUUGUUGACCGCGGCUGGCAAUCAUCCGCCGAUAUUGGGCGGCUCGUCGUCCCAGGGUAGCGCGUCCCCGCCACCAGGAGGUCCUGGAAGUCCGGCCGCAGCGCCGGAAACACCGCCGCCGUUGCCCAGCCAGAGGGAAUUGUCGCAUCCGUCCUCGGCGGUGGUUGUUGCGAGCUACUUCAGCGCGGCCACCCUGGCGGCAGCUGGUUUCUACAAUCCGGCAGCUCAUUUGCCAGCAACCAGCUCGCCAGGCCCGACGGCCCAUCAUCUGUCUGGAAAAGGGAUUCUCAGUGGCGCGCAUCAUCAUCCCCAUCUGAAUCCGCACGGGAUCACGCCACCAGGCCUAGGUUUGGGCCCGCACACACCUGAAGAAGCAGCCGUCCUGGCGGCCGCGGCGGCAGCGUUACACCAUCAUCACCAGGGUGUACCUGGUGGACCAACGAUGAGGCCACUCAGGCCCCACCUACCCCCGGGGAUGCUUCACACGUCACCGCAUCCCCUGGCACCCCAUCACCCGCUCGCAGGACCUCACCCUGCCCUCAUGCCUCCGCCGGAAGACGACGGUGUCGUGGACGAUCCGAAAGUUACCCUCGAAGGCAAAGAACUUUGGGAGAAAUUUCACAAGCUGGGUACGGAGAUGGUCAUCACGAAAAGCGGCCGGCAGAUGUUCCCUCAGAUGAAGUUCCGUGUCUCCGGACUGGACGCGAAGGCCAAGUACAUGCUUCUGCUGGACAUCGUGGCGGCGGACGACUACAGAUACAAGUUUCACAACAGCAGAUGGAUGGUGGCGGGGAAGGCCGACCCGGAAAUGCCGAAGAGAAUGUACAUCCAUCCGGACUCGCCGAGCACCGGGGAGCAAUGGAUGCAGAAGGUCGUCAGCUUCCACAAACUCAAACUCACUAACAACAUCAGCGACAAGCACGACUUUGUAAGUAUUACGAUAUUGAACUCGAUGCACAAGUACCAGCCGAGGUUUCACCUGGCGAGGGCCAACCAUAUCUCGCAGCUCGCCUACUCGACGUUCAGGAGUUACGUGUUCAAGGAAACGGAGUUCAUCGCGGUUACGGCCUACCAGAACGAGAAGAUCACCCAGCUGAAAAUCGACAACAACCCGUUCGCGAAAGGGUUCCGAGACACGGGGGCGGGGAAGCGCGAGAAAAAAAGGCAGGCGGUAUUGACUGUAUCGGGAGGCGGUUCCAGAUUGACAGCGGGUGGGCCAGCGUCACCGGAGAAACGGCGUUCCUCUAACUCCGUCAACGAUCUCCUCGACGACGAGGACAAGCUUCUGGACGUGGUUGGGCCGGACACGCCGCAUCCAGGUCAUCAUCGGGACAGGGAGCAUUCACGAGACAGGGACGACAGGACCAGCGAUCGGGGCGAGGGUAGCGAGUCCUCGGGUUCUGAGAGCGGAGGCGGAGGACCUGGCCCGACGGGUUCGGAUGGGCCUAGACCUGAGGUGUCGGUCGGUCUACCUCUUCAUCCGCCACUGUUGCCGUACCUCUAUCCCCCGGUGCAUGGACUAUAUCCUGGUCCAGGUCCACUCAUACCCCCUAGUCACCUGGGUAUCCACGGCGGUGUCUCGCCAGGCAUGUUGUUCAACGCGCAACUAGCCUUGGCAGCGUCUCAGCAUCCAGCCCUGUUCGCGCACUACCAUCAUCCGUUGGCCAGUCCGUUGCAUCAGCUGAAGGGACAUCGAUACGCGCCCUACACCCUACCAGCCCCGUCCCACGGUUCGGCUUUCGAGACCGUCACCCCAGGCAGCAGAACGUUAAGUCCGAGAUCACCACCACCCAGGCCACCGACUGGUUCACCAACACCGGUUGCUGGUCUAACGUCAAGCAGCAGCUCCGCGGGCGAGCUGAAGUCGAUCGAGAACAUGGUGAACGGUCUACAGGAGAAGAAAAGACGGAGUCCAAGCUUGACGCCCGGGCACAGGGGCGACGCGGACGCCGGAGGAGGGAGUCCGUGACAGGA